GACAUUGUUGAGGUUAUCUCAUAUCUCUUGUAUUACAAAUUUAAGUACCUUGUACAAAACAGUUACUAUUAAGGAUGGUGUUGCAAGUUAAGGUAGUGGUGACAACGUUGGUAUGUUGGAGUAUAAUAAUUAGUUAUGAUUGUGUAGUAGUUGGAGAUUCACAAACAAGAAUUGUACUAAACAGUGGAUGUAGUUCAUAUAACGCAUCAAACUUGAAUAGCUUCUAUGCCAAUGUUAACGCAACAUUUUUGGAUUUGAGAAAUCAAAUUAGUAAUCAAAGCAAACAUUUCGCCACAGCACAAGCAGCCACAGGAGACGUAUUGGUAUAUUCUAUGUUUCAAUGUAGAAAUUACCUUUCUAGAAAUGAUUGUGUUGCUUGCUUUGACACUGCCUCUACCAAAAUCCGUAACUGCUCAGCUUCUAAUGGUGCUAGACUCAUCUACGAUGGCUGUUUCCUUAGGUACGAGAGUGAAAGAUUCUAUGAUCAAACAAAUCAACCUGGCAAUGGUAUAUUAUGUGGUAACAAGACUGCAAAGGAAGGCAAUGCUACUUUUGAAACAAUUGGACAAACAUUGCUAAUGAAUCUCCAAUUAGCAACACCCAAAAUUAAAGGUUUUUUCGCAGCUACUAAGACACAGGUGACUCCUGGUGGUAGUAGUGCAGUUUAUGCAAUAGCACAAUGUGUUGAAACUGCCACAGAAAGUAGUUGCCUUGCUUGCAUGACAGUUGGAUACAACAACUUGCAAACUUGUCUUCCUAACGCAGAUGGUAGAGCAUAUGAUGCAGGGUGUUUUAUGAGAUACUCAGAGACACCCUUCUUUGCUGAUAAUCAGACCAUUGAUAUCACAACCUAUUUAAAUCAAGGAGGUUCAAGUAAUAAGUGGGCCAUUAUAGGAGGUGUUGUUGGAGGUGUAGCUCUUGUUGUGAUCCUUCUUGCAUUUUUAGCUUGGCGACAAUCCAGAAAAUCCAAGAGGGCUCCUAGAGGCAACAUAUUAGGAGCAACAGAGUUGCAAGGUCCAGUUAACUACAAGUAUAGUGAUUUGAAAGCUGCAACAAAAAACUUUAGUGAUGAAAAUAAACUUGGAGAAGGAGGCUUUGGUGAUGUAUACAAGGGUACUCUGAAAAAUGGAAAAGUUGUUGCAGUCAAGAAACUAGUGUUGGGCAAAUCCAGCAAGAUGGACAAUGAUUUUGAAAGUGAAGUAAAGCUUAUAAGCAACGUUCAUCAUAGGAAUCUUGUUAGACUUCUUGGUUGUUGCAGUAAAAACCAAGAGAGAAUCCUUGUCUAUGAAUACAUGGCAAACAGCAGCCUAGACAAAUUCUUAUUUAGUAACAAACAAGGUUCCCUCAAUUGGAAACAAAGGUAUGAUAUAAUUUUAGGCACAGCAAGGGGGCUGGCCUAUCUACAUGAAGAAUUCCACAUUUCCAUUAUACAUAGAGAUAUAAAGACAAGCAAUAUCCUCCUUGAUGAUAAUCUUCACCCCAAAAUUGCUGAUUUUGGAUUGGCAAGGCUUUUGCCAGGGGAUCGUUCUCAUCUAAGCACAGGAUUUGCAGGAACAUUGGGAUACACAGCACCUGAGUAUGCAAUCCAUGGUCAAUUAUCAGAAAAGGCUGACACCUACAGUUAUGGUAUUGUGUUCUUAGAAAUCAUAAGCGGCCAAAAGAGUACUGAAGUAAAGCCUGAUGAUGAUGGUGAAUACCUUCUUCAAAAAGCAUGGAAACUGCAUGAGAGAGGCAUGCACUUGGAGCUUGUGGACAAGGAGUUAGACCCUAAUGACUAUGAUGGAGAAGAAGUGAAGAAAAUGAUAGAGAUUGCUUUACUGUGCACUCAAGCAUCAGCUGGAAUGAGACCAACAAUGUCUGAAGUAGUAAUCCUACUCCAAAGCAGGAGUUUAGUGGAGCACCUGCAACCAACUAUGCCUGUGUUUGUAGAAACGAAUCUUAAGUCUCGUGAAGGCCACUCUACUUCAACUGGUUCUUCUACAUCUAAUGCUACUGCCUCCAUUUCUCUUCCAUCGGGUCGAUGAUUAUAUGAUGCAGUAAAGGGACUUGAACCGAAAAGGUAACAGAAUAAACUAGAUGAGGGGUGCCCAUAAUUAAUUAAUUCCAAUUGUUCAUCAAUCAUACAAGUUUAAUGUGAAACGUGACGUUUGAUUUCAACAAUAGAAUUCAGAAAUAGUAUUAGACAUUAGACAGCUAAGGUUGUUAUGAAUUAAUUGUUAAGUUUGUGUUUUUGUAGUUUAUUAGUUUUGUUCAUUAUUAAUUUGUUGUAAGCCAGUUUGUUUGUUAAAAAGGAGUUUUUGUUAUUUAUUUUUCUUGCACUAAAAAUACACAAUGUACGUAUCUCUUUAUUAGGAGAAAGAAUAAUUCCUUGGCCAAAA